CAACCACGCCUCGCGACGCACGGUAAAGUUCGACGGCCAUAUUGACUGUCUACACCUCCUCUCUUGCCCGGCGGUGAAACUGGCUCAGUCGCUUCAUACAUCACAGUCCAUACCAAGGCUGAGAAACAGCGGAGUGUCUAACGGUAAAAAAAAAUCGAUCUAUUUUGGUCGCGUUGGAUAUAUAAAGUAGACUACCCUGUGGGCCCAGGAGAGGCAGUUUACCAUUUUCUGAACGCAGUCCAUCUACUGAGGCAGUGGACCCCAGGGCGAGUCAACGAGACGGAGGACGAUUUCCUUUGCAUUUUCUCAGCAAAAGGGCAAGGCUGGAGAGAGGACAAAGAUGCCCAAACCGGACAAUGACCCAAAACACACCUGCUGUGUAGGGGCUAUUUGACCAAGAAGGAGAGUGAUGAUCUCGCCUUCACAAUCACCCAACCUCAACCCAAGUUGGACUGCAGAGUGAAGGAAAAGCAGCCAACAAGUGCUCAGCAUAUGUGGGAACUCCUUCAAGACUUUUGGAAAAGCAUUCCAGAUCAAUGUGCGGGUCACCACCAUGGAUGCAGAGCUGGAGUUUGCCAUCCAGCCCAACACCACCGGCAAACAGCUCUUUGACCAGGUGGUGAAGACAGUGGGCCUCCGGGAGGUGUGGUUCUUUGGCCUGCAGUACACAGACAGUAAAGGCUAUAGCACGUGGCUCAAACUCAACAAGAAGGUGACGCAGCAGGAUGUGAAGAAGGAGAACCCUCUGCAGUUUAAGUUCAGAGCCAAGUUCUUCCCUGAGGACGUGUCUGAGGAACUCAUCCAGGAGAUCACGCAGAGACUCUUCUUCCUGCAGGUAAAGGAGGCCAUCCUGAAUGAUGAGAACUACUGUCCUCCAGAGACAGCCGUGCUGCUGGCCUCCUACUCUGUCCAGGCCAAGUACGCAGACUACAACAGAGACCUCCACAGGCCUGGCUACCUCACCUCCGACCGCCUGCUGCCACAGAGAGUCUUGGAGCAGCACAAGUUGACUAAGGAGCAGUGGGAGGACAGAAUACAGACCUGGCAUGAGGAACACAGAGGCAUGCUCAGCGAGGACUCAGUGAUGGAGUAUCUGAAGAUAGCCCAGGACCUGGAGAUGUAUGGCGUCAACUACUUUGAGAUCAAGAACAAGAAGGGAACAGAGUUGUGGCUGGGUGUGGAUGCACUGGGACUCAAUAUCUACGAACACGAGGACAAGUUGACACCAAAGAUUGGCUUCCCCUGGAGCGAGAUCAGGAACAUCUCCUUCAGCGACAAGAAGUUUGUCAUCAAACCCAUCGACAAGAAAGCUCCAGAUUUUGUGUUCUAUGCCCCGCGGUUGCGGAUCAACAAGCGUAUCCUGGCGCUGUGCAUGGGGAACCACGAACUGUACAUGAGGAGGAGGAAGCCUGACACCAUUGAGGUUCAGCAAAUGAAGGCCCAGGCCAGGGAGGAGAAACACCACAAACAGAUGGAAAGAGCCCAGCUAGAGAACGAGAAGAGAAAACGAGAGCAUGCGGAGAAGGAGAGGGCGAAGAUAGAGAAGGAGAAGGACGAGCUUGUCGAGAGGCUCAGACAGAUUGAGCAACAGACGCUAAAGGCCCAGAAAGAGCUGGAGGAGCAGACACGCAGGGCCCUGGAGUUGGACCAGGAGAGGAAGAGAGCGAAGGAGGAGGCGGAAAGGUUGGAGGGAGAGAGACAGGCAGCAGAGGAGGCCAAGGCAGCGCUGGCUAAACAGUCCGCUGACCAGAUGAAGAACCAGGAACAACUGGCCGCUGAGCUAGGAGAAUUCACUGCCAAAAUCGCUCUGCUUGAAGAGGCCAAGAGGAAGAAGGAAGAGGAGGCGACUGAAUGGCAACACAAAGCCAUCUCAGCCCAGGAAGACCUGGAAAAGACUAAAGAGGAGCUGAAGUCUGUGAUGUCAUCACCCCCGGCGCCGGAGCACGAUGAGCAAGAUGAGACGAACGCAGAGGGCAGUACCGAGCUGCACAGUGACGGGGUCACCAGCCACCGCAGCGAGGAGGAACGUGUCACAGAGGCCCAGAAGAACGAACGCGUCAAGAAACAGCUGCAGGCUCUGAGUUCAGAGUUGGCUCAGGCGAGGGACGACACCAAGAAGACCCAGAAUGACAUGCUACAUGCGGAGAAUGUGAAGGCUGGGAGGGACAAGUACAAAACCCUGCGCCAGAUCCGACAGGGCAACACCAAGCAGCGCAUUGACGAGUUCGAGUCCAUGUAAGAGUCAGCGCCCUCCCACCCCCGCGUUGCCAUGACAACAGCUCACUUUCUUGGAUAGCCGACCCUGCUCGUUCCCACCCCGUUCCCCCAAAUCCGUACUUGCAAAAAGGCCAGAGGUGUGUGGAUUCAAUGUCCCACCCACUACUCCUUGCCAAAGCUCUGCCCACUAGCGGUUGGCCAAUCAAACCGCUCCAUGCUUAGAGCUCCACCCAACCACAUCUGGAAUCAUCCAAUCUGGAAUGACAAGCAACAUAUCCUGCCGAAAUGAACUUCUCCUUGAGCAAAGGACAAUUUAACCCUUGCAUGUCUGAUGUAAGAAUGGAUUUUUUUUUAAAUAAUGUAGAGAGAAAUUAGUGAAUAUCUUGCUUUUAUUGAGAGAAUUGCCAUUUGUAGCUUUUUGAUGUCGUUGACAAGCAUGUAUGUAAAGCUUUAAAUAUCGUACCUUACUUUUUUUUGUUUGUGAUCAAGUAUUUAAAUGGUUUUCUUAAACUGCCUUAUUCGUCUCAUUUCAUUUACAUUACUUCAGUUUUGGUUUCAUAUUUAACUGUGGUGAGUUAGCUGUGCUCUAGUCAUGGGUCAGCUGAUGUUGAACCAGUGGUUUAAUUCCUUCAGAAUUUGAACACAGCUUUUUAUUUGUCCCUUCAAACCUAUACGUUUGUGUUAUUCACCGUCCAUUGACGGUUUUGUUAACAUAUAUUUUGGUCCACAAUAAAGAAUCCAUGUAUAUUUCUUACUUCCAGUCAGUUAAAGUAUUUAUCCCAGGUUGGAUGAGGGUAGAAUGGGAGGGAGGCAGCAGUUCAAUAUUAUAUGGACGGAGUGGUAUGAGGAACUGUUUAUUUUGAACAUUCCAGAUGAAUCACCUUCCAGGCAUUUCAAGAAUGAGUGAAGGGAAAAUAACCAUAAAACCACCUGAGACAUUUUAGUAGUCUAAAUCAUGGUUUUGACACUAAGGUUAUGUAACAAAUGAUCUGGCUAGCUCCUCCUACAACUGGUAAAACAGUCUCUAUCUAGACUGACGGGUUGCCUCCCACAAUGUAACCAAUGAUCUGUCUAGCUCCUCCUACAACUGGUAAAACAGUCUCUAUCUAGACUGACGGGUUGCCUCCCACAAUGUAACCAAUGAUCUGUCUAGCUCCUCCUACAACUGGUAAAACAGUCUCUAUCUAGACUGACGGGUUGCCUCCCACAAUGUAACCAAUGUUCCAGUCUGGGAAAUCUAAGACUAGGUCAAAUAGUCAUGUCAACUGUGUUAUCCUUAAAUGUCAACCAAAGUACAGUAUGUACUAUAUGUACUGACCUCUUCUAGAUGUGAUCAUUUAAGUUAAACCCAUAACUAAAGUGGUGGUAACCCUUCCAAAGUACAUGUGUAGUGUUGUGGAUGACAACACACCAGGUUAUUCAUUCAACUUCAUCACCACAGUAAAUGUAACAACUGUUUUGAUUUUAAAUGUAAUUUCAGAUGUUGGAGUUUAUUUAUGUACGCAUCAUCUUCAGACAUUCCGUUCAGUAUGACAAUAAUAAAAAAAAUAGAUAUAAAAGUUUGUGAAGAAUAUUUCAGGUAGGCCUAUUUGAAUUGACAUGCAAAAGUGGAGGAAAGUAGCAUUAUUAUCAUGAUGUUGAAAUGACGAGCUUCUUAUUAAGUGUCAUUAACCUGUCAUCCCAUUCAGUGUAGGCUACACUACAUGUCUGACAUAUGCCCCCCGAGUGUUGAAAUUUCAUUAUCACAUGAUACACACAUGCCUCACUAGCAUCCUACUGUAUCUAAAUUAACCUGAGAACAAUUUAGGCAGCAAACCCAUUCCUUUCCCCCCGAAAAAGACUCAUCGUCACCACCUUGAGUAAGGCUUUAUUGCUUUAUUAUUCAUAACUCAUGAGGAGUCAACAUUUUCCAUUUGGCCUCAGUUCCCUGAAUCAGCAAGUAAGACUGCUACACAUGCCAGAGUAUUAUAAAGAGUCACGUGCUCUGGGGUUACGGUACUUAAAGCUCAUUGUUUUAACAUGCGUUGCCCCCCCCCCCCCC